AUGCGUGGUGUAUAUUACCUGUCUGCCAAAACAUCAACAACCUCCACCAGCAACACCACCACCAACAACAACAACAAUAACAACAAAGAAGACAUGAUUAAUCUACAGCGGAAACUACACAACAUGGAAGAACAGAUGACUACAAUGGAGAAAACUAUACGUAGUAACAACCAGACCUUACUCUGCAUCUCAGAAGCUCAAGAAACAACUAUGUCAAAAAUACAGAAAUAUCCUGAUUCAUUCACCAGUCUACUACAAGAUAGCAGACAGCUACAACAAGAUCUAAAGAAAAAGGAAAAGGAGAUAGAGCAGACUCAUCUUGAGAAUAAAAAUUUACAGAAACAGCUUGAUGAAUUGAGGUCUUCGAGAUUACAAGACUUGCACUCCCCCAACCUGUAUAAUAAUCUACCUCUAGAUGACGAUGACAAUUCUGACAACUAUGAAUUAGUUACUAACAGGAAGAAAAGUGAUGCAAGGGCUGUGCAGACAAUGAUUGUGGGUGAUUCAUUGCUGAGAGAUGUGGACAUCAAACGUGUGUAUAGGAAUACACAUAUUAGAACACUACGUGGGAGAAAGAUUGAAGAUAUUGAUGAAUACAUACAAUCAACAUCAUACAAGGAUAUCCAAACCAUAGUCAUUCAUGUUGGCACAAAUAACAUUUCAGAUGGGUGCUCAGUUCAGACAUGUGCAGAUGAGUUUGUAACUCUAAUUGAUAAUACCAAACACAAAUAUCCAACAGCGAAAAUCUGUGUCUCCUCCAUCCUACAUCGAAGGGACAACAUUACAACAAAUGAGAACACGGACCAACUAAAUGACAAAUUGAAACAACAGAGUGCUAAUGGGGAUAAUUACAUCUAUAUUGACAACAAUAACAUUAAUUGUGACACUCAUUUGAUAGAUAUGUGCAUCUGA